CUGUUCGCUCGCACUUUCUUGCUGCAGAAAGUCUCUCUGUAGCACCACCAAACCCGUGUCAAUGCUCCAUUGCUACCUCAUUUUCAAACCUGCAGCGAGCCGGGUUCGAGUCUGGUCAUGCCUUCUCCUUCGACGUCGCUGUCACAGUCGCCGUCCGCUGGUGCAUCGCCCCGAUCCUCGUCGGAACCAGAGUCGGCAGUCCAGACCGCAUCAACUCCAAAUCCUACAGCAUUGGUCGACGGGGUAGCAAACCCAGACCAGAAUGCAGACAAUGACCUAGACAUGGAACACACCAACACGGCACCGUUCACUGCACAACCCGCUGAAGAUGGAGACAGUGAGUCGAGUUUGUGGGAUAUCAUCGGCGAUUCUCACCCGAAGCUGGAUAGCUACGGUGAUCCUUCCUAUGACCAGGAAAGUGCGGAGUCGACUUCGGGAUUUAUGUCCCCGGCUCGGUCAACGCUUACACCUACAGCUCCCAUGACCUUAGCCCCAUCGCCCGUUCCGUCGGCUAAUCUGCUGCCGCUGUAUGAAGACUUGCUUGGUGAAGGAGCAUUGCCGCAGUUGCCUUUGCUGAUGCACAACCAGCAACCUUUCUCGGCUUUUUCAAGCCCAAGUCACUAUAUCACCUUCGAGGCGCGGCAGGACGGUGAUCCUUUUGAAUUGUCGAAGCCUAUCGUCCGCGAGGACGGUCUGCUAAUCGUGGGCACAGAAGUCACAGCAAAUCUCCCACCCGGCGAGAAGAACAGGAUUUUCGUGACCAAUUUUCUGGCCCCAGCCGGGUCUCAACCACCAGCUCACAUCAUGGUGGAACAGGAGGUUCGUGACAUCCAGUGGAUGGGGGGACAAGCCGCCAUCGUCGCCAUCGGCAAAGAGAUUCAACUCAUUCAGAUAGCAAUCGGUGGACCCUGUAGGCUUCAAGAUGCGAUCAACUCGGUCCACUCCGAUGCAAUUCGUGAACUUGCUGUAUCUCCUACCAGCAGCUCGCUAGUGGUGUCUGGAGGUUUCGACCAAACUGUGGUGUUGACGGAUCUGCGAAAUCAAGGAGAUCCCACGGCUGCAGCUGUGAUCGGCAAGUUUGACGCCUGUGACGUGGUAAGCAGCGUUCGUUGGUCACCUGAAUAUUCUCAAGUGAGCUGGACAACCGAUGGAGGAGACUUUCAGGUCGCGGACACUCGGGCUCCUUCGUCACAGCUCCAAGUGCCUUUUUACAAUUAUCUGAAUGCUGGCACAUUGGGUAGCCUCUUCACGCACGAAUACUUGAGCAGCUUCUACGUCACUCUCGGUUUCGAGCGUGGUCACAUCGCCUUCGUUGAUCUCCGCAUGCCUCGGCAGACUUCUUGCACCUCGCUGGUUGAGUCCAAUUUGACUAGUGUGGGUGAAAUCCGACGUUCCAAGUCCAACAAGUUCGCGAUAUUUGGUCUCGGCGGGUUCUCGAGGGCGAGCCUCAAUGGAGCAGCCAGCAGCUUAGAGCAGAUCACUCUUCACCGCCGACAGGCAUACCCUUCGUUCAAAACGAGUGGUGACUUCUCCUAUGAACGAGGAGUGUAUCUCGCAGUCUCCGACAACGGCGGAGUUGUAUCCGUUUACACAGAUGAUACUGUCUUUGGGUCGUCGGGUGCAUUCAACGGCGGUAAUGCUGUGUGGUGAUGCAGUCUGGGCAAGAUUAAAACGCAGGUAGAUUCAUUAGCAUAAACAGCAUCCAAUCUAGUCGUUUUGCAUGCGCGA